GGGCAAACGUACAGAAUCAGCAGGGGAUCAAAUCAUUUUUUACCUCACUGUAUGUGUACAGCUACAAGAUUUCCAGAAGCAAUUCCACUACACCAAAUUACAGCACAGACUGUAGCAAAAGCACCUUCAAAGUUCUUUACUACAUUUGGCCUUCCAAGGUUAGUGCAAACAGACAGAGGAUCUAACUACUUCUAUGUUCUCACAGAUUAGUCAAACGCUAGGGGUGCAACAUCAAAUGUCAGGUCCGUACCACCCAGAGUCACAAGGAGCAUUAGAACAAUUUCACCAGUCCCUUAAAUCUAUGUUGAAGUUUUGCUUGGACAGUCGAACACUGGGACAAGGGUGUGCUGUGGUUUUGCUGCUCGAGAAACCAGUCAGGAGUCUUUGGGGUUCAGUCCAGCAGAGCUAGUUUAGACAUUCUGUAAGAGGCCCAUUAAAAGUAUUAAAGGGGACUUUCAUGUCUAAUAAAGUAGAGCCACAUAAAAAGGUCUUGGACUAUACCAGUCCUUUUUGUUAGCGGUGGCACAGAGCAUGCGAGGUAGCAAAGGAAAUGCUAGAUAAGUCCCAAGCUAAGAUUAGGUGGCGUUUUGCCCGAAGAUCAGUGUCUCCUGAAUUUAAAGUUGGUGACAAAGUGCUUGUUCUUUUAUCUGUUCUUGGUCUCUUCUGCUCGGUCAUCAAAGUUUUUAGGUCCGUAUGUAAUGGAGGUGAAGUUGAGUCAAACUGAUUGUCAUUGAAACGCCAGAUUGGAAAUGCAAGCGUCAUGUGUCAUAAAUAUGUUAAAGCCAUUUCUAGAUCGGGAAAUGCCUGUGGAUGGUCUUCCAGUUCUGUAGCAGUAACUUUCAUUGCGGAGUCUGACAAACACUUGGUCAAUCAACCUUCAACACAGUUAGGUGGUCGACUCGUCAAUUCUCAGAACUCUAGAGACUGAUGGUCUCUUGUUGUCUGUUGCUCAUUUAUCUGACCUUCAGUGCAAAAAUAUUGUGGCUUUAAUUAAUUAGUUUCCCUCCAUAUUUAGUGAUGUACCCUCACAGAAGUUUUACAGCAUGAUAGUGUUGGAAACUUUUUCCUUGUCGAAGCAGAGACCAGGAGACGUUGGGAUAUCUUUCAAGCAGAAGUUACUCUUUAUUGACAACUAGGCCUGUGAAUCGAUUAAAAUAUUUAAUCGUGAAUAAUCGCAUGAGUUUAUGCGAGUUAACUCUCUCUCUCUCUCUCUCUCUCUCUCCAUGCUUGCCUGCCUACGUGUUUGUUUAUCUGCCGCUUCUACUUCUCUUCCGAUUCCUGUCAGCGCCGCAGUACACUUCCGCUCAUCCCAAAUGCUCUCAUUGGUUCCGACACGUCAUCACCUUUAUCCCAAGCCAAUACGAAACGAGAUCCCAAACCUCCCAUCACCUGUGGUUUGUCUGUGUGUGUAUUCAGAGCCAGUGAGCAACAGACUUAAUUAUUUACAAAAUAAUAAAAACUGCAUUAACGUGCGAUAAAAUAUUUGUCGGAAUUAAUGAGUUAACGUGACAAUAACGCGUUAACUUUCCCAGCCCUAUUGAGAACUCACUGUGCAUCGCUGUAGUCAUCCAAGUCUGACUAUAGUUUCAGCACUGUAGAAUUUAUACUUUUCCAGGGGGAGGGAUACACAUAGAGGUCACAAUCUAAACAAAGUCUGCAACUGCAGUACAGGAAUCAGCCCGGUAACGGAAUUUCCCCAGCCCUAAGCUCAUCAGCAUAACAGUGUCAUUCAAAUGCAUAGGUGCUAAUCCAAUCAGCCUGACCGUAUCACCCAGACCUUCACAUUAUCAUAGAGACAAAGGCACAGCCUGGCCUUGAGGCUAGCAUUCACAUUUAACCUGGGACCCUGCCCGCUGGUCAGGAAGUACAUACAGACAAAAGGUUAAUGUCUCAGACACCUGGCCUGCCAGACUUGAUCUUCUUAGAAUGUCAUCAUCUUUACCUCAAAAUGUAAAACCCAAUGUACAUAACUUUUUCAGUUUAUAUACUAUGUUGGAACCUAGAUUUAACAUUUUAUAAAUUUGUAAUCCAACAAUAGUAAAGUGAUAUGGAUGUUUUAAUGCUGUAUCCUUUAUCAACUUAACCCAGCCAAACGCGAAAUCAUGCAUAAAGAACUGGAGUAUCUUUUUGGAACGUGGUUUAGCCGUUCCUAGUUGUAGUCCGUGGAACUCACCUUGAACUCACCAAAGCUGGACACUAGCAGGUUACCAGGUUUUCAUAAAAAUCUUUUUGAAGUCUGGCACUUUUUUCACACUGCAGAGGGCCAACAGAACCCACUCUCUUCACUGGCUUCUAAAAGAACUGCUAAUCUGUGUGGUUCAACAUCUCAAACAGCAACUGCUCCUUUCCUGGACUUAACGGGACACUAGAGGAUGGGACACUACAGGACGGGACACUACAGCAAUCAAGGACGAUCACUUUUUUGCACCUAGCAAACCUAGCAGGAGCAGACUUCAGGAACACAGAGGAGGUAGCUGCACGCCUGAACAUCAGGUCCACAGGAGCAUUCGCUCAGCUGCUGUCAAAUGGAAAGACACUCUAACAGCUGAGAAAGAACUCUGCUGCGGAUCACUGCAGCGGGACGUCUACCCCAAACCCCAGAGACAUCUUUCACAGCGUAACCAUCCGGCCUAAACUGGAGGACUGCACAGGGCCAUUCUUGGAAGUUGGAAAAUCUAUGGCUUUAGACUUCUCGCAUGCCACAGGGAAAAGUUUGUACAAAGCUUGUCAUGUUUUUUUAACAGAAAGGGAUUAGAUAAGGUUGAUAUGCCCUGGCUCAGUGUACUCAGACUAAAUAUAAAUGUAAAAGCAGAAUGGAGAUCCCUGUAUAAGCCACCAUUAACUAAAAGAGCAGGAGACUUGCAGUGGAGAGUUCUGCAUUGCUGUUAAUGCUUUUAUUUCAGUUUUAAACCCUGAGGUUGGAGCAGAAUGUCCUUUUUGUUUUAACAGGGAAAUGGUUCAUCACGCUUUUACUCCAUGUCUUAGAUUGAAACCACUAUUUAUAAUUUAAAUUUAAUAAUUUAAAAUAAGGAAACUUUUUCAAUGGAGACUUUUAUCUUUGGUUUUAAGUAUGUUCACAGGAAGCGUUUUACUUGUCAGCUGCUAAAUUUUAUCUUGGGUCUGGGAAAACUGGCCAUCCAUGUCAGCAGGACAAACAACAUGGAGAAACUUCUAGGUCAUGAUGUUACUGCAUUAUUCACAGCCUUUGUCAAAUCUAGAAUACUGAUUGACUUUUGUUUUUAUAACUCUGUGCAUGAUCGUGCUGCCUUUGAGAUGAGAGAAAUGAAGCUUAGUGCUGUCGAAAUUCGGAGUGCGUCUCUGAGUGAACACUUCAGGGUGGUUCUGGAGUCUUCUUCAAUUACCAGUAUUUUCAAAAGUCAUAGAUUUUAUUUAUUAUAAAUGCAGGAAAAAUAAACAGAGAACUCCUCCAGGCUUGGAUGAAAGGAAGCAAACGGCUUUAUUGAAAAAAUGUCACCGAAAUUGGCACUCAAAUACACAGUCAUGCUGCACAAAUCCCUCAGUAUAUAUACACAUUCUAGCCCAGUUACCCAACCUUACUGGUUUCAUCUAUUUUUGGGAUUGUUUUGAUGGUAACUAAUUUUUUCCGCCUCAAAAACAACCCCCUUUCUUUAACCUUCAUCUAUAGCUGAAACUCAUGUGACAUGCUGUCUGCAGGCCUGUACAAGGCCUGUGUGUUAGUAGGUACUGAACUUUAGGCCUUGCUAAUUAUACCUUCAGGAACCUAUUUAAAACCAAAAACAUUUUAUUUUUUAUUACACUUAUAACCUACAUUAUAAUGUUCCAUAUACUUGUGUACUUUUUUGUGAGGCUCAUGGUGGUUGCCUGGCAAUUACUUACAGUAGGAUACUAAGAAUUUCCACCGUUCUUUAAGGAAAGGAUGCUAUCCUUAUUUACCUAGUUUUCACUCAUUGCCUAAGUGGUAAUGUGGUAAACUUACUAGCUCUGCUUCUUAGUUUAGUUUGGUUUAAUUUGAAUCAGUUUAUUUAUUUAUUAUUUAUAAGUUAGGAUUUGGUCAGUUUGUUAGUUUAGUUAAUCUUCUCCCCUGCUUCAAGCCCUUUACCCUUUUAGGUCCCUAUCCAUAUUUUUUUCACCUGUCCAUCACAUUUAUGCUGGCCUGCCAUUCAGUGCUUUCACCUAUUUUUUUUCCCCCAUGUUUCAAUUAAUAUCAGCCACUAAGAUGGUCUUUUUCCAUUUGGAUUUAACCUGGCCCACAUCUCCUAUAAACCCAGCCUGGCAACUGUACCUCAACAACAUCAUCUCCAAACCACUCACACUCAACUUCCAUCUUGGAGAGCGCUGGACACUGGUUUGUUUUUUUUUUGUUUGUUUUUUAUUCCUUCCCAUGGGAGACAGUCUUACCUCCAUCCUUCUAUGUGGGUAAGUUACCUCUUAUUCACAUAGGAUAGGCCUUAUUCCCUAUAUUGUGAUAUGUUUUUUGUAUAUUAUAGUAUAUAAAAGUUUUAUAUUAAUUUUAAAUUAAAAAAAAUGAUCUUAUGCUCUCUCAGCCAUUCAUAUCUUCAGUGUCGCUUAAGUCUGAAGGAUUAUGGCGUUCUCUCACUUAAGCUAAAGGUUUCUACAUUUUCUGUGUUUUUUCCAACUUGUUUUUCUGUUUUAGCGAGGACAUAUUCACUUUUAUUAAAAGACUGUGCUCUUUUUUUAAUAUUUUAUUUACGCCAGAAUCAUGGACCAACAAUUUUCUAGGUCAAAGGCCCCGACAUCUCUCUCUGGACGAAUAUCGGCAACUCUGUCACAUGGUCCAGUGUGUGAGCAGGCCACGGAACCGGCUCUGGUCCAGUCCACAAAGGUUCAUCAGGACCAGAUGAUGCAGGAGGCUAUGAAGGUCAUCACUCAGCUGGAGAAGGAGAAGUUUGACCUGAUACACCAGGUGAAGGCACUGCAAGACGGGGAUCUGAAGUCCGAGUUCCAUAGAAUGAUGGAGAAUCUGACGAACUAUGAAAAGUUACUGAAGGUCUCCCUGUCUGAAACUGAGGAGAAACACCAGAAGGCUGUGGAGACCAUCACUAAGCUGGAGGAGGAGAAGUCUGACCUGACAGACCAGGUGAAGACACUGCGAGACACAGUGGAGGACAUGGGGAACCAGCUCUGUGAGACUCUCUUGCAGUGUGAGAAAGAGCAGGAGGCUCACAGGCUUCUGAAGUCAGAGCACCAGGAGAUGAUGGAGACUCUGACAAACAGUGAAACGUCUCCCUGGCUGAAGCUAAUGAAAAACACCAGAAAGCUGUGGAGACCAUCACCCAGCUCCACUAAGAGACACAGUGGAGGACAUGGGGAACCAGCUUCAUGA